CAAUGUUAUUUAUUUUCUUCUGAUUAAUUUCAGAAGUUUAAGUAAACUUCUCGUUUUUGUUUUUGUUAUUAUUUGAUUGUGUAUAUAUAUAUAUCGUAUGUGUGCGCGUCUUUUUAUUCUUUGUGGUGUGUUUCUGGAAACUUUUUUUCUUUUCUCCCUCGCCGACCACUAAUCGUUGCCUCCGACAUCUCCCUCUUUCACAGUCCGCUUUCUUUUGUGGGGGGCACUAAGCUGUUUUUAAAACCACCACCACCUUUCACGAUCUAAAACAAAACACCAGAAUGCCUUCUAGGACUUCAUCAAUCUCAAAGACUACAAUAUCUUCGCCAAAACUUAGGGAAUCCAAUAAAAUUGUAAAAGAUCUUCAGAACAAAUUCCAGACUGGAGACAUCACAGAAGUGGAUUACUGGAACCAACUCUGUGAGAAGUUCAGCCAUGUUCUCACUGGAGCAGCGAAGGACCAGAUCCAAACCUUGGAGACGGAAUUGGGAGAAGAAUUAUUGACCAUUAAAGGUUUCUGCAAAAAGAUGGAAGACAUUCUACAACCCCUGGUGUCUAACACGCUACCCAAGGUACCAUCGCUGAAGCCAGUUCUUGUUAAGCCUGAGGUAGUUACCAAAGAUGACACAACGCCAGCGUCCAAACGUUCAGUAGAAAAUAAAAAUGGCAUUAAUGAUAGCGCUGAAAAUGAUGAAGAAGUGGAGCCUGGACUGUCACCGUCCAAGAUGGGUAAAAUGGAUGAGAAGGAACAUAACUGUGAGAAGAAAGAAUCUACCUCUGUAGCCACUGAUGCUAUUACUAACAACGUCCAAUCUUCUCCACCUACAACCAGACGAAAUGGUCAGAGCUCAAAUGGAAGAAAUGAGAAUGGUGUAGAAAAUGGUUUGAAUUUUACAAAUGGUCAUUCCACAGAAGAUGGUGUAAAAUUUCCAGAAGCAGUUCCAUCGUCUGAACCAACAGGAAAUGAUAAAAAUCCUCCUUCCACCCCUGAAAGUAGGAAAAGUAAAUCAAAGCGAACCAGAUCUUCAGGAAUUCAACCAGCCAUUACAUCAAUGUUUGAGAGAAUACCUGAGAAGCGUAAAGCAGCUGAUGAAGACGAAGAAAGCAGCGGAGUGAAACAAGAGGAGAAGAAAAUAAAGACCUCUGAGAUUAAUGACAAAGAUGAUGAAAAUAAGGAAGCUUCAUCAGUGCAAAACACAGAUACCAAACUAGCCAAAGAACAGGUGACCCCUAUUAAAUGCAGGGACUGUAAACAGUUGUUAGAUGACCCUGAAUUGGUGUUAUUUCAUGGUGACCCUCCUGAUGCCGUUGAGGAAUUCAUAGCUCUCACUGACCCCAAAUUGUCUGUCUUUUCUGGCAAUGAUGAUGAAGUGUCUAGUUUCGAUGAACGACCCCAACACAAACUCUCCAAUUUUAGUAUUUAUGAUAAAGCCACCCAUUUGUGUGCAUUUGACACUGGUUUGAUAGAAAAGAAUGUUGAGCUCUACUUCAGUGGAGUUGUCAAGCCAAUUUAUGAUGAAAACCCAAGUGCUGAUGGUGGUGUCCCUUGUAAAACAAUGGGACCGAUCAAUGAAUGGUGGACUGCAGGGUUUGAUGGUGGAGAAAAUUCUUUAAUUGGUUUCACAACAGCUUAUGCUGAUUAUAUUUUAAUGUCUCCCAGUAAAAUUUAUUCCCCAUUUAUGGACAUCAUGAGGGAGAAGAUCUAUCUUUCCAAAAUUGCCAUUGAAUUCUUACAGAGUAACCUUGAUGCCACUUAUGAAGAUUUGCUCAAUAAAAUUCAGAUAACAGUUCCACCAAAUGGCAUCACCAAUAUCCCUACUGAAGAUGCUUUGUUGCGCCAUGCCCAGUUUGUCGUUGAUCAGGUUCAAAGUUAUGAUGAAGCUGCUGAUGAUGACGAAGCUCUCCUCAUCACAACACCUUGUAUGAGGGCGUUGAUCAAACUUUCAGGAGUCACUCUUGGCAAACGGAGGGCUCUACGUAAGCAGCUCCGUGAACCAAAAGUGAAGUCAAAGGAUACACAAACAAUGGCUGCCACAACGUCUCUUGUGCGUAACAUUUUCGACAGCAUGUUCCAGGGACAGAUAGAUGACAAUGGGUUUUCUGCCACUCGCAGGAAAAGAUGCGGUAUUUGUGAGGUUUGUCAACAACCAGAUUGUGGUAAAUGCAAGGCUUGUAGAGACAUGGUUAAAUUUGGAGGAUCAGGCAGGAGCAAACAGUGCUGUGUUCAAAGAAGAUGUCCUAACAUUGCUGUUGCUGAAGCUGAUGAAGAUGAAAUCCAAAGUGAUGAUGAUGAAAAUAUUGUAAAGAAAGGAGAUGACUCAGAAAAACCAAUCCGUCAUGUGGCAAGUAGAAACACCAAGACCAAACUGGAAUGGGUUGGAGAACCUGUCAAAACGACACCCACAAAUAUUUAUUACAAUGCUGUGAACAUAAAUGGUAAAGAGGUGUGUGUCGGAGACUGUGUGGCUGUGAAACCUGCCAACCCAACUGUGCCGAUGUAUAUAGCGAAGGUGGCCUACAUGUGGGAAGACAAGUUCAAAGAGAAGAAGUUCCAUGCAUUAUGGUUCUGUCGAGGAUCCGACACAAUCUUGGGAGAAACGGCAGAUCCUUUUGAACUAUUUUUGGUUGACGACUGUGAAGACUCUUGCCUUGAAUAUACAAUCAGUAAAGUUAAUGUGGUGUACAAAUCCAUCCCCUCUAACUGGGCCAUGCUAGGUGGAACUGAUGAGGACACUAACUUCAAUAACAAUGAUUCCAAGACAUUUUAUUACCAAAAAUGGUAUGACCCAGAAUUAGCCAGGUUUGAAGAUAUUCCCAAAGAUCCAAACCCUUCAGAAAUAAACUCCUACAAGUUUUGUUCCAGCUGCUCCCGACUAGAGACUUUACGGAAGAAAGAGACCCCAUGUCUUGGAGAACAACUGGAGAAUGGCAGCAAAGAGAGUAGCCGGCUGUACUAUAAGUCAGUGAAAAGGGACAGUAUUGAGUAUAAAUUAGGGGACUGUUGUUAUGUGGAACCUAGUGCUUUCUCUUUUAAUGUUAAACAUGUCCCACAAAAGAAACCCAAGACAGAAAAACGCGAGUUUGAUGAUGACGCUUACACAGAAGCAUACCGGAAAUCUUCCGAUUACAUCAAAGGCUCAAAUGAGUACGUCCCCCAACCUUUCCAUAUUGGUCGGAUCACAGAAAUCUUCUGCCGGAAGGUUAACAACAGUCGUCUUAUGGAUCUCACUGACAUCAAAAUUAAAAUCAAUAAAUUUUAUAGACCAGAAAACACUCACAAAGGUCCAGCAGCUUCCUACCAGGCAGAUCUAAACGUCCUUUAUUGGAGCAACGAAGAGGUCACUGUAGAUUUCAAGACCGUUUCAGGCAAGUGUACAGUUGUGUACAGUGAAAAUUUGAAAGUUGAUAAAGAUACCUACUUCAUGGGUGCUGUUGACAGGUUUUAUUUCACAGAGGCUUACAACCGUGAGAAACGGUCCUUUGAAGAUCCUCCGAAUGUUGCCUGUUUGAUGGGAGAUAAAGGAAAGGGUAAAGGAAAAGGCAAGACAAAAAGUAAAAGUAAAUGCCUUCCUGAUGAAAUUGAACCAACGGUAACUCCUCUCGCAGCUUUGGAUGUCUUUGCCGGAUGUGGAGGUUUAUCUGAGGGACUUUACCAAGCUGGUAUUGCCAAGUCACACUGGGCUAUUGAGAAGAUGGAGAUGGCUGCACAGGCAUUCCGUCUCAAUAAUGCUGGUUGUACAGUUUUCACAGACGAUUGUAAUUUAUUGCUUCAGUUAGCAAUGAAGGGAAUAGAGAAAACCUCAAAGGGUCAGAAAUUACCUAAAAAGGGAGAAGUAGAACUGCUGUGUGGAGGUCCUCCAUGCCAAGGAUUCAGUGGGAUGAACCGUUUCAACUACAGAGACUAUUCCAAAUUUAAGAAUUCUUUGAUUGCUUCCUACCUGAGUUACUGUGAUUUUUAUCGACCAAGGUUCUUUGUCUUGGAAAACGUACGGAAUUUUGUGUCGUUCAAGAAAAGUAUGGUGUUGAAGUUGACUUUGCGUUGUUUGACACAAAUGGGUUACCAAUGUACUUUUGGCAUUCUGCAGGCCGGCAAUUAUGGUGUGGCUCAGACUCGGAGAAGAGCCAUAAUCUUGGCAGCUGCCCCAGGAGAGAAGUUACCAUUCUACCCAGAUCCAUUGCAUGUGUUUGCACCUCGAGGUAUGCAGUUAUCAGUCGUCGUUGAUGACAAGAAGUAUAACUCUACCAUAACCCGUACUGGGUCGGCCCCAUUUCGAACCAUCACUGUCCGUGACACCAUGUCUGACUUACCAGAGAUCCGCAAUGGAGCUAAAGAGGAAGAGAUCCAAUACAAUGGAGAACCAUAUUCCCAUUUCCAGAGAUUGAUUCGUGGCAAGCAACAUCAACCGAUUCUACGUGAUCACAUCUGCAAGGAGAUGAGUCCUCUGGUGCAUGCAAGAAUGCAGCACAUUCCACUUUGUCCCGGUGCUGACUGGAGAGAUUUACCAAAUGUUGUAGUCAAAUUAUCUGAUGGGAACAAAACCAAAAAACUUCAUUACAGUCACCACGACAAACGAAAUGGUAAAGGUCCAAACAAUCAAUUAAGAGGCGUGUGUGCCUGUGCUCUCGAUGGCAAAUGUGAUCCUAUGGAUCGACAGUUCAACACUCUGAUACCCUGGUGUCUGCCCCAUACGGGUAACAGACACAACCACUGGGCUGGUCUCUAUGGUCGUGUAGAAUGGGACGGGUUUUUCAGUACAACCGUCACUAAUCCUGAACCAAUGGGAAAACAGGGUCGUGUGCUCCACUCUGAACAACACAGAGUGGUCAGUGUAAGAGAAUGUGCCAGGUCACAAGGUUUUCCAGAUACUUAUCGCUUUUUUGGAAGCAUCCUUGACAAACAUCGUCAGGUUGGUAACGCUGUCCCACCACCAAUGUCGCGACAAAUUGGUUUCGAAAUUAAGAAAUCACUGCUGUGGAAACUACAAAACUCUGCUGAACAGAAACCGGAAGAUCAGAGCAAAAGGGAGAACUGAGCCUCAGCGAGAGAGAGAAAGAAAGAAAGAAAGAAAGAAAGAAAGAUUUGGUCAAAAAUAAUUAUCCUCUGUAUAUGUGUACGUGUGUAUGUGGGCAUGUAUAUAUCUUUGCAUAUGAAAAUUUAUAAUCAUCUGUGUGUGUGUGUGUGUGUGUGGGGGCAUUGUAUAUUAUAUAUGUCACUUUAUGUAUGUGUAUAUACAGAUGUCUGUUUGUAUGACUGUAUGACCCAGUAUGACAUUUAUCUCAAUCUUUUUCUUGGCAGGAGAUAUUGCUGUAUGUCUUAGAAAUUCUUCAAAACAUACCAGCAUUUCCACAGACACACACAUAUAUAUAUAUAUAUAUAUAUAUAUAUAUGUGCACACACAUGUAUAUAUAUGUACACACACACACACAUAUCUAUACAUAUAUAUUCACACAAUUAUAUAUGUGAAUUAUAUAAUUAUACACACACACACACAUAUAUAUAUACUCACACAUAUGUGUGUGUAAUGAUAUUGAUGAUAUGUAUAAAGCUUUUUUAAAUGCAAUAUUAUGGAGGGGGGCAUUUUAUUAGUAUUUUACAUUUAUUUCCUGUGUUGUUGUUGUUGUUGUUGUUUAACCCCAGGUCAACCUUGAUCAGUCCACCGACAAAGAUAUUCCAAUGUAAACAUUUUCUCUUUUUAUUUCCCCAACUCUUUUUGUCGGUUUUAUCCAGGAUUUCUUGAUUAAAGAUUGUCCAAACGUCUUUUAAGAUGGUAAUGUGUGGUUUGAGGAAGACUGAACAGCUUUUUAUAACAGGUCAGGGGUGGCAGUAAUAUAGAAACACCCACUUCUGUAUGUAUGUGUGCAUGAUAUACGAAUAGAAAAAUCAAUGUGAUAAAUGUGUAACUUUAGCUAUUGUUUUAUUGCUUAUUGCUGUUGUUAUUUUUUUAACCCUAGGUCAAUGCUGGUCAAAGGCACUCCAUCUUUUUAGUGUCUACGUUUAACAUUACUAAUACAUCCUUUGCAUUUUUAAGACAUUAGGAUGUGAUUUUAGGGAGAUGUACUUACUAAUUUUAGCAGAUCAAAUGAUCACAUAGAGAGGGUAGAGCUGUUCGUCUUUUUUUUUUUUUACUUGUUUCUUAUUAUUUUAAUUUUCGAAAACGCAGAUGGAUGACAGAAUUGAGGAAGUGAGCGGCCUACCAUUUCUAAUAAGACUGUUUUUCUCACUUCUACUCACUGCUGGAGGUGGGGGGGGUGUCAUUUUAGCGACAUCUGCCAAGCAUUUUAUACAGCUUUCUACAUUCCACUAAGUAUAUAAUAAUGAUAAUAAUAGUCUAUCUACUAUAGGCACAAGGCCUGAAAUUUGGGUGGAAGGGGGCUAGUUGAUUUCAUCAACACCAGUAUGCAACUAGUACUUAUUUCAUCGACCCCCAGAUGGGUGAAAGGCCAAGUUGACCUCAGUGGAAUUUGAACUCAGAACUUAGAAACAGACCAUGAAAUUUGAUGGCGUGGAGUAAAUUCCUUUCUGCUGUAUGUACAAGGCCUGAAAUUUUGGGGAAGGGGUCUAGUUGAUUACAUUAACCCUAACCCAGUGCUCAGCUGAUAUUUAUUUCAUCAACCUCGAAAUGAUGAAAAACAGAGUUAACCUCAGUAGAAUAUUAAUUUAGAAUGUAAAAACAGAUGAAAUGCUGCUAAGCAUCUAGCCCGCUGUGCUAAUGAUUCUGCCAGCUUGUGGCUGUAGUUGAGUAAAUUGAUCCAAGUUCUUGUCUGGUACUUUAUUUUAUUGACCCCAGAGGGAUAAAGGAUAAUGUUGACCAUGACCUGGUUUGAACUAGGAACAAAGAGCUGGAAGAAAUAUCACAACACUUUUUCCUGCCACUCUAACAAUUCUGCCAAUCCACUCCCAUAAUAAUAAUAAUAGUCCUUUCUACUUAUAGGAAGUUUUGGUGAAAGGACUUAGUCAAUUACAUCGACCCCAGUGCACAACUGGUAGUUAUUUUAUCAGCUCCCAAAAGGAUGAAUGGCAAAGUCAACCUCGGCAGAAUUUGAACUCAAAACAUAAAGACUGAUGAAAUACCACUAAGGAUUUUGUCUGGCACCUUAACGAAUCUGCUAGCUUGACACCUUAAUAAUACUCUUUUACUUGUUUCAGUCAUUUGACUGCAGCCAUGCUGGAGCACCGCCUUUAGUCGAGAAAAUCGACCCCAGGAUUUAUUCUUUGGAAGCCUAGUACUUAUUCUAUCGGUCUCUUUUUGCCGAACCGCUAAGUUACAGGAACGUAAACACACCAGCAUCGGUUGUCAAGCAAUGGUGGGGACACGGACACACACACACACAUAUAUAUACAUAUAUACGAUAGGUUUCUUUCAGUUUCCUUCUACCAAAUCCACUCACAAGGCUUUGGUCAGCCCGAGACUAUAGUAGAAGACACUUGCCCAAGGUACCACGCAGUGGGACUGAACCCGGAACCAUGUGGUUGGUAAGCAAGCUACUUACCACACGGCCACUCCUGCGCCUAUGAUAAUGAUUUUUAAUUUAAAGACAAGGCCAGCAAUUUCGGGAGGAACAAGUUAGUCCGUCUGACAUACUAACAGUUCUAUAAUAACGUUAAUAUUUUUCAUAGUAAAGGCAACAAGCGGGUAGUAUUGUUAAUGUGGAAUAAAUGCUUUGCAG